AUGGCGCGUGUUAAGCAAGCUAAACCUAUCGAGAGACAGACUUCGUCAGAGUAUAUCUCGCAUCAGAAUUCAACACCAAAGAAGAAUGAUAGCGAUGUAGCAGUACGGUCUAAUGGCGUUGCUACCAAAGCAGCUCCCGCGCUGGCGUCGUCGAAGAAGGACGCGGGUGUAGCGCAGUUGGUGGUUGCUGUUGCUGGUAUCUACGGGUCCUUCCUCACAUGGGCCUACCUCCAAGAGAAACUCACGACGACACCCCACGGCGCACCUGGCGCGACCGAAGUGUUCAAGUACCCGGUGUUCCUGAACACGAUCCAGUCGCUCUUCGCCGCGACGACGGGAGCUAUCUACCUCUAUGCCAGCACGCCGCGCGGACACGCCAUCCCGCCCAUCAUCCCCUCGCGCCGCAUUCUCGGACCCCUCCUCCUCGUCGCCCUCACCAGCUCCCUCGCCAGCCCCUUCGGCUACGCCAGUCUCGCCCACAUCGACUACAUCACCUUCCUGCUCGCCAAGAGCUGCAAGCUGCUUCCGGUAAUGCUGCUCCACGUCACCGUCUUCCGCCGCCGGUACCCGCUGUACAAGUACCUAGUCGUGGCCGCCGUCACCGCUGGCGUUGCAGUUUUCACGCUGCACUCGGGCAAGAGUCAUAAGAAAAGCAGUGGCGCUGGGCUGGGUGGAAAUAGCACUUGGGGCCUGUUGCUGCUGGGCAUUAAUCUCCUCUUUGACGGCCUUACGAAUAGUACCCAGGACUACAUCUUCGGCGCCUUCCAGCCGUAUUCUGGGCCCCAGAUGAUGUGUGCGAAUAACUUGAUGAGCACCGCUGUUACCGCUGCGUACUUGGUCCUGAGCCCGUGGCUUGCGCGCACCGGGGCCGGCGAGUGGCUCGGCGUGGAUGUUGCGGGGGGUGCGGGCGAGCUUGAGGCUGCGCUGGGGUUCAUGGCACGGCACCCGGGUGUCUGGGCUGAUGUAUUGGGGUUCGCGGCGUGCGGUGCCGUCGGACAGGUUUUCAUCUUCUACACACUCUCCACCUUCUCCUCAGUCCUCCUAGUCACGGUAACAGUCACGCGCAAAAUGUUCACCAUGAUCCUAUCAGUGGUUGCCUUCGGCCACCGCCUCACACGCAUGCAAGUCCUCGGCGUCGGGCUCGUCUUCGGCGGCAUCGGCGUCGAGGCUGCGAUCGCUCGCCAGGAGAAACUAGCUAAGGAGGCGGCGAAGCGGAGGGCGGUUGAAGAGAGCGGGGGGAAGAAAGGGCAGUGA